UUUUUUUUUUACCACUAAAUUAGCUCCGGCAGUUUUCUUUUAAAUGACUCGACUUUUCAUUGAAGUUGAAGUUUAACGAAAAAUCUUGAAUUUUAAACCUCGCGGAUGCUUUUUGGUCGGCCCGCACACCGGAAGGACAAGAGGUUAAAGGUCACAUAAACACGGAACAUCAACAAAGCAACAAGGCGGAAGCAGGCGGACCCCGUCUGUCUCCCCGGCUCAGUCCUCCGGUCCCGCCGACAUGUUCUCCGUGUUUCACCCCGCUGGAGGUGUGUUGCUGGCCGCUCUGGGUCUGCUCGUGCCCCGCCUGUCCUUCGCCUCCCUGUCGGUCCCGGACAUCCCACACAUCGCCGGGUAUUUUGGCACCAAGACCCGGUACGAGGAGGUGAACCCGCACUUGCUGCGGGACCCGCUGUCCGCGGACCCUUCGGUCCUGAGACCGCCGCCGGCCGAGCACUGCUCCCCGGUCCACCUCACCGCCGUCAUCCGGCACGGCAGCCGCUACCCGACCCUCAAGAACAUCCGCAGGAUCCGGAAACUGAGCGAGCUGGUCCGCACCGAAGCUUCCAGGGCCUCCGGCGGCUCCGAGGGCUGGCUGCAGGACAUCCGGAACAGCUGGGAGGCGUGGUACACCGAGGACAUGGACGGUCAGCUGGUGACAAAGGGCUGGGAUGACCUGCGUCAGCUGGCGAGCCGCCUGGCGUCUGUGUUUCCAUCUCUGCUGUCCGAGGAGAAUGUGAGGAAGAAGAGGGUGCGCUUCCUGACCAGCUCAAAGCAUCGCUGCGUGAGCAGCGUGGAGGCGUUUCAGGAGGGGCUGCAGCGCCGCUGGGGACGCCACGACGCCGAGCCGGAGUACAGCCACAAGGUGGACGACGAGUUGAUGCGUUUCUUUGACCGUUGCCGUGGUUAUGUGGAGGGCGUGGAGAACAACCGCACGGCGCUGCUGGAGGUGGAGAAGUUCAAACAUGGCGAGGAGAUGGAGGGAGUGAGGAGGAGGAUGGCCGACAGGCUGGGCCUUCCUCACCACCGACUCACACCGGAUCUGGUGGAGGCGGCGUUCUUCUUGUGCUCGUACGAGCUCGCCAUCAAAAACGUGCACUCGCCGUGGUGCUUCCUGUUUGACGAGAGCGACUCAAAGGUGUUGGAGUACAAGUCGGACCUGAAGCAGUACUGGAAGCGCUCGCACGGCCACGAGAUCAACAGCCUGUCCAGCUGCCCGCUCUUCCAUCACGUCUUCAGGACGCUCGACAGAGCCGGUCGUCCUCGCAGGUCCACUGAGGCGUCCCCAGAGCCCGCCUCCAUCCUGGUGGGUCAUGCUGAGACGCUCCUCCCCCUCCUCUCUCUGCUGGGACUCUUCAAGGACCAGACUCCACCCACUGCCACCAACUACGACUCACAGCAUGGUCGCCGUUUCCGGACCAGUCGCAUCGUGCCAUAUGCCGCCAACCUGCUGUUCGUGCUGUACGACUGCCAGCGAGGCCCGCGGCUGCAGCUGCUCGUCAAUGAGUCGCCAGUUCGAUUCCCCGGGCUGGAGGCGGAGGACGCGCCGCUGUACCGUGACGUCCGGGCAACGUACCGCCAUCUGCUGGACGGCUGCGACUUCCACAGGGAGUGCGAGGGAGGGCGGCGGGCCGAGCGCCUAACACGGAGCUCUGAGAGGGACAGAGCACAGUAAGCCUAACACACCUGCUAACCUGUGGGCAUGGAGCCCCACCCCCUGACAACAAGCGUCCAAUCACGCACUGGAAUUUUUCCAGGUUCAGAUGUUUGAAGCGGGAGAAAGAUGUCAUGUGACUCAAGAUGUCUUGACCUGAGCUCUGAUUGGCCAGAUUCUUCCUUUCGUUCGCUCAAAGUCAGACUCUGGGAGUCUGACACAGACUGUAGAUAAAAGAUGGACAUGGUUCCGUCAGCCUGCAGUCCUUCCAAUGACCAGCAGGGGGCGGGUCCUCUGUUUGUACAGAAGUGUAAACGAGCCUGAGGUUUUCAGGGUUGACUGAAUCUCGUUGCCAUGACAACGUCCAUCUUUUAUACCCAGUCUGUGGUUGUUGCUGUCGGUUAUUGAUCACGGAUCAGGACGAGCAUUCAGUUUAUGAUGUCUGAGCAACUAAAACAAAACAGGAAGUGAAGACUUACCACCCGUCCUCUUCAUGUCUGUGUUUCUGGGUAACAGUUCAGUGAAAUGUGCUUUGAUGUUCUUGGGUCAGCAGGAAGUGUGAAGGUUAAACUGCAGGUAAACGUGACGGAGGGGGCAGGUGCCCUCCCUCCCCUGCCUCCACCUUUAGUCUCAGA